CCGGGAGAAGCUGGUAUGUCCUUCCGCACUUGCCGUAGGUUCCCGGCUCGCCCGACGUUGCCACCGCCUUUGUGAAGAGGUGAAAGCGGAGCUGGGCGCGGAGCCUCCGAGCGGCGGUUUAAGCGGAGAGAGGCUCCGCUGUCAGGAUUCCAGCCAUGUCUGACAAAAGUGAAUUGAAGGCAGAGUUAGAGCGCAAAAAGCAACGCUUGGCGCAAAUCAGGGAGGAGAAGAAAAGAAAGGAGGAAGAAAGAAAGAAAAAGGAAACUGAUCAGAAGAAGGAAGCUCUUCCUGUACAAGAAGAGUCUGACCUUGAAAAGAAAAGAAGAGAAGCUGAAGCAUUGCUUCAAAGCAUGGGAUUAACGCCAGAUUCUCCUAUAGUCCCUCCUCCUAUGUCUCCAUCUUCCAAAUCUGUGAGUACUCCAAGUGAGGCUGGAAGCCAAGAUUCUGGUGAUGGUGCUGUUGGAUCUAGACGUGGGCCUAUUAAACUUGGAAUGGCUAAAAUUACACAAGUUGACUUUCCUCCUCGAGAAAUUGUUACAUACACAAAGGAGACUCAAACACCAGUUAUGACUCAACCGAAGGAAGAUGAUGAAGAUGAUGAUGAUGUGGUGGUACCAAAGCCAUCAAUUGAACCCGAAGAAGAAAAAACAUUGAAAAAUGAUGAAGAGGAGGAAGCUGCCCCUCAUGAGCUUACAGAAGAGGAAAAACAGCAAAUUUUGCACUCUGAAGAGUUUUUAAGUUUCUUUGACCAUUCUACAAGGAUUGUAGAAAGAGCUCUUUCUGAGCAGAUUAACAUUUUCUUUGACUACAGUGGAAGAGAUUUGGAAGACAAAGAAGGAGAGAUUCAAGCAGGCGCUAAACUGUCCUUAAACAGACAGUUUUUUGAUGAACGCUGGUCAAAGCAUCGUGUUGUUAGUUGUUUGGACUGGUCAUCUCAGUAUCCAGAAUUGCUUGUAGCCUCCUACAACAAUAAUGAAGAUGCCCCUCAUGAGCCUGAUGGUGUGGCUCUUGUGUGGAAUAUGAAAUACAAGAAAACUACCCCGGAGUAUGUCUUUCACUGCCAGUCAGCAGUGAUGUCGGCUACAUUUGCAAAAUUUCAUCCAAAUCUGGUGGUUGGUGGCACAUAUUCAGGCCAAAUUGUGCUAUGGGAUAAUCGCAGCAAUAAAAGAACCCCAGUGCAGAGAACUCCACUUUCAGCUGCUGCUCACACGCACCCUGUGUACUGUGUAAAUGUGGUUGGGACCCAAAAUGCUCAUAAUUUGAUUAGCAUCUCAACUGAUGGAAAGAUAUGCUCAUGGAGUCUGGACAUGCUUUCCCAACCGCAGGAUAGUAUGGAGUUGAUUCAUAAGCAAUCCAAGGCUGUAGCUGUCACGUGCAUGUCCUUUCCUGUUGGAGAUGUCAACAACUUCGUUGUUGGAAGUGAGGAAGGCUCUGUGUACACAGCAUGCCGCCAUGGCAGCAAAGCGGGAAUCAGUGAGAUGUUUGAAGGACACCAAGGACCAAUCACAGGUAUCCACUGCCAUGCAGCAGUUGGACCUGUAGACUUCUCUCAUCUUUUUGUCACCUCAUCAUUUGACUGGACAGUAAAGCUUUGGACAACUAAGAAUAACAAGCCUCUCUACUCAUUUGAAGACAACUCAGACUAUGUUUAUGAUGUGAUGUGGUCUCCCACUCAUCCCGCCCUGUUUGCUUGUGUGGAUGGAAUGGGUAGGCUUGAUCUGUGGAAUCUCAACAAUGAUACUGAGGUGCCAACUGCAAGCAUUACUGUGGAGGGUAAUCCUGCUCUUAAUCGUGUGAGAUGGACACAUUCUGGGCGAGAGAUUGCUGUAGGUGAUUCAGAAGGACAAAUAGUUAUAUAUGACGUGGGAGAGCAAAUUGCUGUUCCCCGCAAUGAUGAAUGGACACGUUUUGGUCGAACACUAGCGGAAAUUAAUGCAAACAGAGCUGAUGCAGAGGAGGAAGCUGCAACCCGCAUACCUGCCUAAAUCUUUCAAAAUGGGUUCUAGUAGUGGAUUUGGGAAUGACUUAUGUAAGUUUUCAGAGUAAUAGCAUGUUUCAGUCUAACUGAUAACCUGAGGAGAAAUACGUGGAAUAAACUGUGGAUUUUGAAAAUGUAUAAAAUCACUGAAAAUUAAGUCUUGCAAUGUCACUUUUUUAUACAUAAUUACAAGCACAUUAUUGUUUAAUUUUUUAAUACAGCUGCCCUGACUUUGCAAGAAACAUGUUUUGCUGAAACACUAACCUAGAUGUAUAUUAGCUGUAAUGCUAUUGAAUUUUUCAACUAACAGUAUGUAACUAUUUCUGAAGGAUAAACACAAGUUCCAUUUCUCAAUCAGAACUUCCUUUAUUACACUGGCUAACUUUCAUUAGGUAGUUAAUCUCUGAAGGUUUGUUAAUAUUAGGAUAUUAGAACUGCCCAUGGAAGUGCAUGCAUCUGUUCAAAGUAAACCUUCAUCUUGUUUCUGACUUGCUCUUUUUUAAUAAAUAAGCAAGGCUAGGGUAGUAGGUUAUGUAUACGAAUAAAAUAAUUAGUCUGUAAUAAACUUUAUUUGGUCACUGAACCUGACUUUGUAGAAUACAUAUUUAGUACUAGGUCUUUGUUAAAAAGUUCAUUA